AUGUCGGUGUAUGCCGAUCUCCCUUCAAGCUUGCAAAGGUUGGAGCUAAAGGGGGCCAGAGACUUCUCUAUUGAACGUUUCAACGAAUUAAAGUUGCCCAAUUUGAAAUAUUUGCGAUUGUCUGAGUUCAAUAUUGAGGCUUCGUUGGAAACCGUCGAGCUCCUACCACGCUUGAAAACGUUUUUGCUCUUAGAAAAUCAAAUAUCCAGCUUGGCUAAUGCUCAUUUUCCCGAUAACUUACUUAGGUUGGACCUUUAUUGCAACAAGAUAACUUCUUUGGAAAACGUUAAUUUCCCAUCACACUUGGAAGAGUUACUGCUUCGAGGAAACCAAAUAUCCAGCUUGGCCAACAUUCGUUUCCCAGAUAGUUUACUUAGGUUACUCCUUGACUCUAACAAAAUAACCUUGUUGGAAAAUAUUGAGUUUCCACCACACUUGGAAGCAUUAUGUCUCCUGGGAAACCAAAUAUCCAGCUUAGCCAAUGUUCAUUUCCCAGAUAGUUUACUUGGGUUGGCCCUUGACAAUAACAAGAUAACUUCGUUGGAAGCCGUUGAGUUCCCAUUACACUUGGAAGAGAUAUUUCUCCUGGGAAAUCAAAUAUCCAGCUUGACUAGUAUCCAUUUUCCCGAUAGCUCACUUAGGUUGGAGAUUGGCGCUAACAAGCUUGUGUCAAUCGAUUCCUUCCAGCUUCCUCCAAGGUUACAUAGCUUGGAUUUAUCCGAAAAUAGCUUGUCCAAGCAGGCCGUCCAACACCUAGACUUUCCCGACAGUUUGAAAACCUUAUAUAUGUAUGGUAACGCAUUCAAAAACUACGAUGAGUGGAAAGAAGGAAUCGAGCUGGCAUAUCCAGAGAUUGAUCUUGAUAAUUGGGUGUGGGACUGUAAGUAACAUUAGUUAUCCACGAAAAUACUUUCUAUAGGUAAGACAUAUAAAC